GGUUGUAGAAAUGGUGGACCACAACUAUUCAUGAUAUGGUGAUAGCGGCUUUGGUGAUCACAACGCUACUAAGCGGUGUCCUUGCAUCUUUCUUGCUUAAAGCAAGAGACAAAGACUUCGCUCACGAGAAAACUUCUCUUGAAUCCCUCGACACCAACGAGGAGCUACGCGUCUUAUCUUGCGUCUACGGAGCCCGCUGCGCUCGUGGUGAACUCUCUCUUAUCUCGUCCUUGAGCGGCUCUCAUGGAGCCUCCAAGCCGUUCACGCCUCUUCUCAUGCACCUCGUACCACUCCCGAAGAAACGAAAGUCAGAGCUCUUGUACCACGAGCACGGUGAAGAUGUGCAUGUAGAAGAAGACUUUGGGACUAACGAGAGUUUAAUGAUCAACGACUCUAUCGACUCGUUUGCUAAAGACAGUAAAAUCUUGAUCCAACAAGUGAAGCUCGUGACGCAGAUGGUUAGCAUGCACGAAGAGAUAUGUAACGCAACGGAAGAUCUACGCGUUAAUAUUGUGUUUCUUCCGUUUCAUAAACACCAGAGGAUCGAUGGGAAGACAACAAACGAUGGAGAACAUUUCAGGCAGAUGAACCGUAACGUUCUAAGACACGCACCAUGUUCGGUUGGAAUAUUCGUGGACAGGAACAUAACCGGGUUUCAACAACCGCAUGGGUUUGGUUCGGUACAAGAGGUUGCGGUAUUGUUCUUUGGUGGUCCGGAUGAUCGUGAGGCGUUAUCUCUGUGCAAAUGGUUUGCGAAUAACACGUUGAUCCAUCUUACGAUCAUACAGUUCGUUCCCGAGGAUUCACAGCCAGAGUCUCCAAUAAGGAAUGCGACAACACCAGAUAGUGGUGACCUUCUUAUCGAGGUUCGGGGACGAAAUCAAACUGAACACGAAGCAGACCGAAGUUUAUUAGAAGAGUUCCAUAACAGGUUUGUGUCAAUAGGACAAGUAGGGUUCAUAGAGAAGCGUGUGGCCAACGGACCACAUACGCUGACGGUUCUAAGAGAGAUUGGAGAGAUGUAUCAACUGUUUGUGGUAGGGAAGAGUAGAGGAGACUGUCCUAUGACGGUGAGGAUGAAAGAUUGGGAAGAGUGUCCGGAGCUGGGAACUGUCGGAGAUUUCUUCGCUUCGUCUUUAGAUGUAAAUGCUUCUGUAUUAGUUGUUCAAAAACAAAGACAUUCACAUGAUAACUUUAUAGAUGAUUAGCAAACAUUUCUU